UCCAUACCUCUCCUCCGCUUUCCGCACAAACCCUCCCCCUUCUCCAUGGGACAGUCACCGUCCACCACCGCCGCGCCUCCGCCAGACCUCAACCGCCACCAAAUUCCUCAGAUACAUCCAAACACCGAUUCCGAUUUCACCGAUUACACCCUCCGUCUCUCCGACGAUUGCCUGGCCGCAAUCUUUCAUUUCCUGAGCACCGCCGAUCGGAAACGUUGCUCUCUGGUCUGCCGCCGGUGGCUCCGCGUCGACGGCCAGAGGCGGCACCGUCUCUCCCUCAACGCACAGCCGGAAUUACUAGACUUCGUCCCUUCCCUAUUCAACCGCUUCGACUCGGUGACGAAACUCGCUCUACGAUGCGACCGAAAGUGCGCGAGCAUAAACGACGACGCUUUGGUUCUGAUCUCUCUGCGGUGCAGGAAUCUCACGCGCCUGAAGCUGCGCGGCUGCCGCGACAUAACUGAACUCGGAAUGGCCGGCGUAGGCGAAAACUGCAAGGCCUUGAAGAAGCUAUCGUGCGCGUCGUGCAUGUUCGGAGCGAAGGGAAUCGCGGCGGUGCUCGAUCGAUGCGUUACUUUGGAGGAUCUCACGCUGAAGCGGCUCCGUGGGGUCCACCACAUCACCGACGUGGAGGUUGGUGCCGCGGCUUCGUUGAAAUCUAUAUGCCUUAAGGAACUCGUCAACGGUCAAAGCUUCGCGCCGCUUGUGAUUGAUUCGAAGAAGCUUCGAACGUUGAAGAUUAUUGGGUGCACGGGGGAUUGGGAUGAGACUCUGGUUAGGGUUGGGUGUUUCAACAAUGGGUUGGUUGAGGUUCACUUGGAGAAGCUUCAGGUUACCGAUGUGGGACUUGUUGCCGUGUCUAAAUGUUUUGGUUUGGACACUUUGCACGUUGUGAAAACCGCUGAGUGCUCCGAUGUGGGGCUUUGUGCGGUUGCUGAUAGGUGUAGGUUGUUGAGGAAGGUUCACAUUGAUGGGUGGAGGACUAAUAGGAUUGGUGAUGAUGGGUUGCAUGCGAUUGCCAAACACUGUCUUAAUUUGCAGGAGCUCGUGUUGAUUGGUGUUUAUCCCACUUUUUCGAGCCUAGCGGCGAUUGCGUCCAAUUGCAGGAAUUUGGAGAGGUUGGCUCUUUGUGGGAUUGGAACCGUUGGGGAUGCGGAGAUUGAGUGCAUUGCUGAUAAGUGUGUUGCACUCAGGAAGCUUUGCAUUAAAGGGUGCCCUGUGUCUAAUGCUGGGAUUGGAGCUCUGGCUUCUGGGUGUCCCAAUUUGGUUAAGGUUAAGGUGAAGAAGUGCAAAAGGAUUACUGGUAAAGGGGUGGAGUGGGUGCGAGAACAGAGGGUUUCUUUGGCGUUUAAUUAUGAUGAUAGUGAAGUUGAAGCUUUGGAUGGGAGUGCAAGUGAUGGGAUUGGCGGAGCUCGGGAUAAUACUGUAGAGUUUCUACCAACCAUUAACCAAACAACCGUGGCUGUGGCUGAGGCUGAUGCUGAAGCUUCUUCAAGUAAUAAUAACAACCGAUUGACAAUGUUAAGAUCAAGGUUUGGGUUUUUGGCUGGUAGAAAUUUAGUACCGGGUGCCUUCAGAAGAUGGUCUAACGGUGAUAAUGUCUCCAGUAGCAGCAGUUUUGGAUGAUGUUAGUAAAAAAGCAGCAAGCCAGCAACCACAUUCUUGCCAAGUUUGCAUUCCUCCAUAUCUAUAAUAGUAGUUCUCAUGUCGAUUGCCUGUUCUUUGCAGUGUUGCUAUGUGAUUUUUUGUUUUUCAUGUUAGUUGCUGAUAGCAGCAGCAUUUCUUUUGUUGACUAGAUUUGUCAGUUACCCUCAUUGAUUGUCCCUUUCCUAUUUGUUCUGGUUAUACACCUUUGUAAAAGGUCUGUUUUAUUUCCUAUCAGUGCAGUUUUUUUUUUUUGAUAAAAACUGCAGAGUUGACAAAAAAGAAGAUAAAAACUGCAGAAAAUCUCGUUCCCUCUUAA